AUGAGUCACAGCAGCGUGCACCACUGCAACAACGUUUUCUGUAAGUUUGUCCGAACGAAUCGCCAUUUACCCUCUGCAAAGCCCUUUCCCCCAUUUUUCCAGAAGAAGAAGCUAUCCCCUAAAAGCAAUUCCGAUACAAUCCGCUUCUCGACACGUCUGCGGGUGCUGAAUUCUGUGAAGGCUCAAGGCGAGCUCGGAAAUGUAAAGACCAACAUGGGGGCCUUCGCCUCCGAAAAGGUGGGCAAAAGGACCGAUAUAAAAAAGAUUCUGAUCCUGGGAGCGGGGCCCAUUGUCAUAGGUCAGGCCUGUGAGUUCGAUUACUCGGGUACCCAGGCGUGCAAGGCCCUCAGGGAGGAAGGGUAUGAGGUCAUCCUCAUAAACUCCAACCCGGCCACUAUAAUGACCGACCCUGAGAUGGCUGACCGGACCUACAUCGAACCCAUGACGCCCGAGCUGGUGGAGCAGGUGCUCGAGAAGGAGAGGCCCGAUGCUUUACUGCCCACGAUGGGCGGGCAGACCGCGCUCAACCUCGCUGUGGCUUUGGCCGAGAGUGGGGCCCUUGAGAAGUAUGGGGUGGAGCUGAUCGGGGCAAAGCUCGAUGCGAUCAAGAAAGCCGAGGAUAGGGACCUGUUCAAACAGGCCAUGAAGAAUAUCGGGCUCAAAACCCCUCCUUCGGGUAUCGGUACUACUCUGGAGGAAUGUUUUGAGAUUGCUAAUUCGAUUGGGGAAUUUCCCCUGAUUAUAAGGCCGGCUUUCACGUUGGGCGGGACGGGAGGCGGCAUUGCUUAUAACAGGGAGGAGUUUGAGGCUAUCUGCAAGUCGGGGCUGGCUGCUAGUGUCACGUCUCAGGUCCUGGUUGAGAAGUCUCUGUUGGGAUGGAAGGAGUACGAGCUUGAAGUUAUGAGGGACUUGGCGGACAAUGUCGUAAUUAUUUGCUCGAUCGAGAAUAUUGAUCCUAUGGGAGUCCACACUGGGGACUCCAUCACUGUGGCUCCUGCUCAGACAUUGACUGAUAAGGAGUACCAGCGGCUUAGGGAUUACUCCAUUGCUAUUAUUAGGGAGAUUGGAGUUGAGUGCGGAGGUUCGAAUGUGCAGUUUGCCGUGAAUCCUGAAGAUGGGGAGGUGAUGGUGAUCGAGAUGAAUCCUAGGGUUUCGAGGUCAUCUGCUUUAGCCUCGAAGGCGACCGGUUUCCCGAUAGCUAAGAUGGCCGCCAAGUUGUCAGUGGGGUACUCGUUGGAUCAGAUCCCUAAUGAUAUCACAAAGAAAACUCCAGCGAGCUUUGAGCCUUCCAUAGAUUAUGUUGUGACCAAGAUACCCAGGUUCGCCUUUGAGAAGUUUCCUGGCUCAGAGCCAACCUUGACCACCCAGAUGAAGUCUGUUGGUGAAUCCAUGGCCGUGGGCCGAACUUUUCAAGAGUCUUUCCAGAAAGCAGUUCGUUCCCUGGAAUGCGGCUACUCCGGAUGGGGCUGUGCAAAAGUGAAGGAACUCGACUGGGACUGGGAAAAGCUGAAAUACAGCUUGAGGGUGCCCAGUCCUGACCGCAUUCAUUCCAUAUAUGCUGCAAUGAAACGGGGGUUGAAAGUGGACGAUAUACAUGAGUUGAGUUACAUAGACAAGUGGUUCCUCACCCAGUUCAAAGAACUUGUGGAUGUCGAGCAGUACAUGCUGGCACGGGAUUUGUCACAGUUGACUAAAGAUGAUUUCUGGGAGGUGAAGAGGAGAGGGUUCAGUGAUAAACAGAUUGCGUUUGCCACAAAAUCGAGCGAGAUGGAAGUUAGAUCAAAAAGGUUGUCUUUGGGAGUCAAACCUUCUUACAAAAGAGUAGACACAUGUGCUGCUGAAUUUGAGGCGGAUACCCCUUACAUGUACUCAUCCUAUGAGGUCGAGUGUGAAUCAGCACCGACCAGUAGGAAAAAAGUUUUGAUAUUGGGUGGAGGACCUAAUCGAAUCGGCCAGGGUAUUGAGUUUGACUACUGCUGUUGCCACACGUCAUUUGCCCUUCAGGAUGCAGGCUACGAGACGAUUAUGAUGAACUCCAACCCUGAGACAGUGUCCACCGACUACGACACGAGCGACCGCCUCUACUUUGAGCCCCUAACAGUGGAAGACGUCCUCAACGUCAUUGAUCUCGAGUCCCCCGACGGCAUCAUCGUUCAAUUCGGCGGCCAGACUCCCCUCAAACUCUCCCUCCCCCUUCAGCACUACCUUGACGAGCAUGCCCCUGUCUCCAAAAGCAACUCUGGACCCGUCCGCAUCUGGGGCACAUCCCCCGACUCCAUCGAUGCCGCUGAGGACCGCGAGAGGUUCAACGCUAUUCUAAAAGAUCUCCAGAUCGAGCAGCCGAGAGGCGGGAUCGCGAAAAGCGAGAAAGACGCCCUUUCGAUAGCCACCGAAAUCGGGUACCCUGUCGUCGUCCGCCCAUCCUACGUCCUCGGCGGCCGAGCCAUGGAGAUUGUCUACAGCGACGAGAAGCUCGUCACCUACCUUGAGACCGCUGUCGAGGUCGACCCGGAACGACCAGUCCUUGUCGACAAGUACUUAUCAGAUGCGGUCGAGAUCGACAUCGAUGCCCUUGCCGACUCGUACGGUAAUGUCGUGAUCGGAGGUAUCAUGGAGCACAUCGAGCAGGCCGGGGUCCACUCGGGUGACUCGGCCUGCAUGCUCCCCACGAAGACCAUUUCUUGCGUGUGCCUCGACACUAUCAGGUCCUGGACGAUUAAAUUAGCUAAGAGGUUAAACGUGUGCGGGUUGAUGAAUUGCCAGUACGCAAUCACGGCCUCGGGCGAGGUUUUCCUGCUGGAGGCCAACCCGCGGGCGUCAAGGACUGUCCCGUUCGUGUCGAAGGCCAUCGGUCGCCCGCUGGCCAAAUACGCCGCUUUAGUCAUGUCUGGAAAAUCGCUCGAGGACCUGAGCUUCACGGAGGAGGUUAUCCCCAGGCAUGUCUCAGUCAAGGAGGCAGUGAUGCCGUUCGAGAAGUUCCAGGGUGCGGACGUGCUCCUGGGCCCGGAGAUGCGGAGCACGGGGGAGGUCAUGGGCAUUCACCACGAGUCGUCGGUCGCUUUCGCUAAGGCCCAGAUAGCAGCGGGCCAGAGGCUCCCACUCUCCGGGACGCUGUUUCUAAGUUUGAAUGACCUGACCAAGCCGCACCUGGCGGCAAUUGCCCGUGCCUUUGCGGGGCUUGGGUUUGGGCUGGCGGCGACCUCCGGGACGGCCCGCGUGAUGGAGCUUGAGGGCAUCCCAGUGGAGCGGGUGCUGAAGAUGCACGAGGGGCGGCCCCAUGCAGGUGACAUGAUUGCCAACGGGCAGAUUCAGAUGAUGGUGGUGACUAGCUCUGGGGACCAGCUUGAUCAGAUUGACGGGCGGAAGCUGAGGAGGAUGGCACUCGCGUACAAGAUUCCGGUUAUAACCACGGUUGCCGGGGCACUGGCGACUGCCGAGGCCAUAAGGAGCUUGAAGUGUAACAAGAUUGAAAUGUCGGCUCUGCAGGACUACUUUGGCUCGGGGGAAGAGACCAAGACCGGUGCACGCCUGCAGUCGAUUUCGUCGGCCUAA